CAGCGCCCGGCUCUGGCCUCGCCUCCUCAGCCUCCUCCCGCCGCGCACGGCCGCGCCCCGCCCAGGAAUUCACUCCUGGGUCCUCAGCUGCUUGGCCAGUGUCAGGAGCACAUCCCGGCCCUCGGACUCUCUGGCCGAGCUGCCGGGACAGAGCCCCCGGGCCCCUGGACCACCCGACCCACCUGGACCGGCCGGGCCCACCCACAUGGACGCGCGGGGACACGAAGCCCCCAGUGGGCGCGCGCUGCGCGACGCGGCAGAAAAUCUAUUUCAGGAACUUCAAGAACAUUUUCAAGCUCUGACUGCAACAUUAAACCUCAGAAUGGAGGAAAUGGGAGGUCGUAUAGAGGAUUUGCAGAAGAAUGUCAAUGACUUAAUGGUGCAAGCUGGGAUUGAAGGUUCUGUUAAAGAACAAAUGACUUAAAGACAGACCAGUUACUUGAAAGUGUGAAAAAAUGAAAACUGUAUUUUUUGGGAAAUAAUCUACAUGUGUUCUGAUUUUUAGUCUUUAAUUUAAAAAUUCAUUUUAGUAAAAUAAAUGUUUUUUAGAAAACAAAGGCAAUGCAAUAAGAAUGUAAUUCAGAGGGUGGUUAGCCACUUAACAAAGAAAGUUGUAAAAUGGCAAAACAUUUUUCAGUGCAUA